ACACAAUAGUAAAAGGAAUACAUUCCUUUUAGACAGACGUAUUGUACUUGUUAAAGUACUAAUUCUGGAAAUUCAUAGAAAAAAUUUAUUUAAAAAAAAAUAUAUAUAUUUUUCAAAUAAAUAAGCAAUUCAUUUUUGGGAAAUAGUUGACAAAAUUUUACAGUGAUAAUCCUUAAAUUUUACAAAACUAAAAAUAAUUCACAAAUAACAGCGCUUGCCCGGGUGCAGCGAAAAUUAAUUGAAAACAGAACAAGAAAAGUUCUCCGCUAAACAAUAAAGAUUUGUGUGUAAAAAAAACAUUAAAAGUGCAGUAAUCCGAGUUCUUCAUGUCUCAUUGUCGCUGCACCGGUGCAAGCGUGUGUCCAUAAAGUUAGCAAAAUAGUUUACUUUGUUACAUAUAUGCGCGACAUCGUAUAACCGCAUUGUGUGCGAGAGUGAUAAAAUUUUUGACAUCACCCAUUAUAUUUCAGUUCAUUUUGUUUUGAUAAUAUCGUAAAAGCCAUAAGUUAGAAAGAAACAAUACUAUUUUACAGUUGCUCAUAGAAUUGUCAACGAAAAACGUCGAAAAAGGCAUAGAGAAGAAAGUUAGACCAUUUUAAAAAAUAAAACAUGGCUGGAAGAGGUGGAUUUGAUCACGCUAGGAAUUAUGAUCGUCCUGCAAAACAAUUACCUACGGAACCUCCAUUUAUCGCUUACGUUGGAAAUCUGCCCCAAGGGCUUGUACAAGGUGAUGUUAUGAAAAUAUUCCAAAACUUCGAGGUGAAAAAUGUGCGUUUAGUAAAGGAUCGUGAAACUGAUCAAUUUAAAGGAUUUUGUUAUGUAGAAUUCGAAACAUUGGAAAACUUGGAACGAGCUCUUGAUUGCGAUGGUAGAAUAAAAGUAGAUGAUUUAUCUGCACCACUCAGAAUAGAUAUUGCUGAUAGAAGAAAAAAUGACCGAGGUGCUUCACAAAGCGGCGGUGGUGGUGGCGGUUUUAAUAAGCGUGGACCUCCAAGACAAGGUGGUGGAAAUCAUCAACAACAAUAUAAUCGUGGUGGCGGAGGCGGUGGCGGUGGCAACCGUGGAGAUAAUCGAGGCGAUAAUCGAGGUGAUAAUCGUGAUAACCGUGAUAAUCGCGGAGACAACAGAGGUUCGUACAAUGAUAAUGAUAGGAAUCGCGGAGGUGGAAUGAAUAGAGGCUACAACGAUCAUCGCCCUCUGAAUCGUGGUCAAUAUGGCAAUUUUAACAAUGAAGAACGAAAUUACGAUCGCCCUCAUUAUGAUAGAAAUCAUAGAGAAGGCAGUCACCGGGGUAAUAAUGCGCGCGAAGGAGGAAAUGAACGAUAUAACAGCUUUAACAGAAAUCGUGGUGGUGAUCGAGAUCGCCCGCAUUUUAAUCCAAAUCACAACGAUAGACCUCCGGCUUCAUCCGCCUUGGGCAGUAUAGAUGAUAGUGAAAGACCGAGACUCAACUUGAAACCGAGAACUAUACAGGCGCCUAUAAACGCGCUCGCGGAAACCAAACAAGCGGCAUCUAUUUUUGGUAAUGCCAAACCGAGGGAAGAGAAAUUGAAAGAUAUUCAACCCAGUACAUCGCAGGAUGAUGAAAAGUAAAACGUGGGCUAAAGAUGCAGAGAUUUUUUAACGAAAAGAAAAGGUAAAUAAAUUUAGUAUAUUGCUAUAUGGAUCACUUCAAUCAAAAAACUAGUCAUAGUCGUUGUCGUGAAAAAGCUUAAAAUGU